AGCCCCAGACCGGCUUCAGAACAGCCCCCAAUUUUGGCGGUCCACCAUGACCCCUCGACGGCAGCGGCGCGCGCUGGCGCUAGUGGUCAUUGGGGCGAUAGCUCAGCUCUUGCUUGCGCCUGCUUUUGUGUCAGGCCGACUCCCGACAUCCUCAAAUUUCUUUGCAUUGCGGUCGAAGGCUGAGGCAGAGCAGUUCACGGGCAACUUGGGCGGUGCACGAAGCGAGAGGACAUCGAAAACAGCACGGCGGCUCUUUGGUCUUGGCACCUCCGAACUACUGGUGAUACUGGGCGCCGCGAUCCUCUUCUUCGGGCCAGAUGCUUUGAAAAGCGUGGCAAAAGAAGCUGGCAAGGCUGCUGGAGAUCUGAAGGAGGUGCCCAAGGCCUUUGAAGAGGGCAUGAGUGAAACCGACAAGGCGAAUACAGUCAAAGAGUGAGGAGCCAAAGAAAGAAGAGAAGAAAGAGGAGAAGAAGGCCAAAGAUACAGAGGAAGAAAAGAAGCCUUGAGACAGUUCAAUGCGGUUCCCAGCUGAGAUCACAAAUUUCUUUAAGGCUCGAAAUCCGAAGCUGCACUGAACAGCUCGGUUCGUUUCGAGCUGUGACUGCCGCAGUUCAUCGCCUCCCAGAGGUGAAGCGAUGGACGCAUGAGUUCCGGCAAUGAAGUGAUGGCCAAGAAAUGAACC